AUGGAUAAGUGGUUGUUCGUGCGUGCUAUACGAUGAGAAAGAAGAGAGGGAUCCGAGAAUAAGCUUCAGCUUUUUAUGCUUCGAUUCGAGGCCUGCAAAUCACAUCACACAUUCUGACUGAGAUUUUUUUUUUUAAUUUUUGUUUAUGUACAGUAUAGGGGAUGGCUCUGGUAAGUAAGGUGUCGUGGUGGCCACGUGAAAUAAUUUUUCUUCUUUUGUUGUCUCGAUGUGAGCGAAAAUGUCCAACCUAGUCCACCUGUUUCUGUCUCACAUUUCUAAGCCUUUCUUGUUUACUGGAAUUAGAGAAGAGAAGAGAAGAGAAGAGAGAUGGAUGGCGUAAAAAAAAUCCACCAACAAACAAGGGUGAGAGAUUGUAUUAAUUUCUCAAUGUUACACUUGCAGAUAUAUCAUUUGUGAAGCCACGCCAGGUCAAGAUGAUGAUGAUGAUGCGCGCAGACGGUCCAGUCUUUUAAGUUUCAACUUCAGAUCAGAAUUUAGGAUUUUGGUGAGUCUAGUCAUGGAAAGUUGGAAAGUUAGUUGUUUACUGAGCUUCAUUUCAAUAUCUAUUAUCCUUAUCUCAGACACCUGUGUGGCAAGUGUUCGAAAAAACGGCAAAAUCACUCCAGUGUUUCAAGGGUCUCAGAUGAAUUGGAUCGAUAAUGAUGGGUUGUUUCUUUUGUCAAAUAGUUCUGAUUUUGCUUUUGGCUUCCAAACUACCAAGGAUGUUACAUCGUUUCUGCUAGUUAUUGUGCACAUGGCUAGUAGAAGAUCAAUCUGGUCUGCUAAUGGAGGGUCACCUGUUGCAAACUCUGACAAUUUUGUGUUCAAUCAAGAUGGUAAAGUGUUUUUACAAAAAGGGGAUGCUGUUGUUUGGACUGCAAAUACCAGCGGUAAAUCUGUUUCUGCAAUUGAAUUGCAGGACUCAGGAAAUCUGGUUAUGCUUGGGGAAGACAACAGAGUACUUUGGGAGAGUUUUAGUCAUCCGACUGACACACUUAUAUCGAACCAGGACUUUAAGGAAGGUAUGAAGCUUGUAAGUAAUCCUAGUAGCAAUAACCUGAGCUACUUUCUUGAAAUCAAGGCCGGAGAUAUGGUUCUCUAUGCCGGUUACCCAACCCCUCAGCCUUACUGGUCUAUGUCCAAGGAUGAACGAAGAACCAUUAACAUAAGUGGUGGGAAGGUCACCUUGUCAACUCUUGUAGCAAAUUCAUGGAGGUUCUAUGAUCAAAAAAAGGCCUUAUUGUGGCAAUUUGUAUUCUCGGCUAGUACUGAUGCAAAUGCUACUUGGAUUGCAGUUCUAGGAAAUGAUGGCUUUAUUUCCUUCUACAAUCUCCAGCAUGGAGGCUCAAAUACUCCUUCAGAUACAAAAAUACCAAAUAAUCCGUGCAGCACACCAGAAUCUUGUGAUGCAUAUUAUGUUUGUUCAGGAAAUAACCGGUGCCAGUGCUCUGAAGCUCUUGAUGCUAGAAAUUGCCAAACUGGCAUUGUCUCUCCCUGUGAUCAUUCCAAGGGCUCUACUGAGCUUGUGGAUGCUGGAGCUGACCUGAAUUAUUUUGCACUUCCAUAUGUUCCAUCUUCAUCAAAAUCUGAUUUGAGUGGUUGCACAGCCUCCUGCCUUGGUAAUUGCUCUUGCCUUGCUUUGUUCUUCCAAAACAGUACUGGGGAUUGUUUUUUAUUCGACAGCGUAGGUACCUUCCAAAGCUCUGACCAGGGCUCAGGUUAUGUUGCAUACAUUAAGGUUUUUGGCGACACUAAUGGUGGAGGGGAUUCAAGUAACCAGAAACGCUUUCCAUAUGUUGUGAUCAUUGUCAUUUCAACAGUAAUUGUCAUCUCUGGUCUACUCUAUAUGGCGUUUCGGUAUUACAGGAAUAAGAAGAAAAGAGUGCCAGAAUCUCCUCAAGAGACAUCAGAAGAAGAUAAUUUUUUGGAGAGUUUAUCUGGAAUGCCAGUUCGUUUCAGUUACAGUGAUCUUCAAAAUGCAACGAACAACUUCUCUGUGAAACUUGGACAAGGAGGGUUUGGCUCAGUUUACCAAGGGGUUCUCCCAGAUGGAACACGAUUGGCUGUGAAGAAGUUGGAAAGCAUUGGUCAGGGCAAGAAAGAAUUUAGAGCGGAAGUCAGCAUUAUUGGAAGUAUCCACCAUCUGCAUUUGGUCAGGCUCAAAGGCUUUUGUGCAGAAGGAGCCCAUCGGCUUCUUGCUUAUGAGUACAUGGCAAAUGGCUCUUUGGAUAAGUGGAUCUUCAGAAGGAACAAUGAAGAAAAUCUGCUAGACUGGGAAACUAGAUUCAACAUAGCUUUAGGGACGGCAAAAGGUCUUGCCUAUCUCCAUGAAGAUUGCGAUGCAAAAAUUGUUCAUUGUGACAUUAAGCCUGAAAAUGUGCUUCUUGAUGACAAUUACUUGGCCAAAGUCUCUGAUUUUGGCUUGGCUAAACUAAUGACUCGUGAGCAAAGCCAUGUAUUCACAACCUUAAGGGGCACAAGAGGAUAUCUCGCACCAGAAUGGAUCACAAACUAUGCAAUUUCAGAAAAGAGUGAUGUUUAUAGCUAUGGAAUGGUGUUAUUAGAGAUCGUUGGAGGCAGAAAAAACUAUGAUUCAUCAGAAACUUCAGAGAAAUCACAUUUCCCAUCUUAUGCAUUCAAGAUGAUGGAAGAAGGGAAAUUGAGAGAUAUACUUGAUUCGAGAUUAAGGAUAGAUGGUGAUGAUGAGAGGGUUUAUACAGCCAUUAAAGUAGCACUAUGGUGCAUACAGGAAGAUAUGCAUCUAAGGCCAUCAAUGACAAAAGUUGUGCAGAUGCUUGAAGGUCUCUGCCAAGUUCCUCUGCCUCCAACUUCUGCUCCAUUGGGUACACGUCUUUACCCAACUUUCUUUAAGUCAAUAAGCGAGGAGGGCACAUCCUCAGGACCAUCUGACUGCAAUAGUGAAGCUUAUCUUUCAGCCGUGCGCCUUUCUGGCCCAAGAUAACACCUACUGAAGGUGGUUUUAAGCCUCCAAUUCCAUGUAAAAGAUCGAUCAUUUUCAUGCAUUAAGUCUUAUAUCUUAUGUUCAUGUAUAUUUUUUAGAUUAUUCAAAUUUGGUAAUAUUAGCCAUUAGCAGGUAUUAGAAGGUUUAUUUCCAAUUACAAUAUUCGCAAGACAAAUAAUGUGUUUGAUUCAUGGCUAGUAGAUGGGGAAUGACGCUGGGUUUUGAAUAUAAUCUAGGUGAAGUAUGAAUAAAUUCCAAUUAAAGUUGGAUAUGAGUU